AGUAAGAUUGGUCUAAUUGUAGGUUAGGUACAGGUUAGUUCUUGGUUUCAAAAUUUUGGAAAAAAUAUGAUCGAAGCUGAAACUAUUGAAGAUCAAAAUGGAUUACGUCCAGAUGGUAGACGAGCGUUAGAAUUACGACAAAUUCGUAUAAAAAUGGGGAUUUUUGGUCAAGCUGACGGAAGUGCUUAUAUUGAACAUGGUAACACUAAAAUUUUGGUUACGGUUUACGGACCACAUCAGCCAAGAGGCUCUACAGGAAGGAAUACAAGUAAAGUAACGAAAGGUAUAGUAAAUUGUCAAUAUAGCAUGGCAGUAUUUAGUUUGUCUUCUGGAGAACGUAAACGAAAACCAAGAGGUGAUAAGAAAUCGCAAGAAAGAUCUCUUCAACUAAAACAUGCAAUGGAGGCAAUAAUACAUUUAGAAUUAUAUCCACGUUCGCAGAUAGAUAUUUAUGUAGAAGCAUUACAAGUUGAUGGCAGUGAAUAUUGUGCAUCUGUAAAUGCAGCUACGCUUGCUCUAAUCGAUGCUGGAAUACCUAUUAAGAAUUAUGCUAUAGGCUGCACUAUAACUUUAAUUAACAUCCCAUCUUUAGAAGAAGAAAAUAAUGCAUUAGGAAAAGGAGUGUUAGAUGCAAAUUAUGUUGAAGAAUGUGUCCCUGGUAUUACUUUAUCUGUUGUUGCAUUACCAAAUAGUGAUGGUAUUUCAAAAGAUGGUUUAAUAGUAGUAGCAGAAGGAGCAGGACAAAGAUUGCAUUUGUCUCAAUUUGAGUCUUUAAAAACUCGUGUAUUAUAUGGAUGCCAAGAUAUAAAAACUAUUUUAGAUCAUGCAGUUAGAGAAUAUUUAACAGAGCAAUCACUCCCUUCUCUUUUUCAUCUCGCAUUAAAUUAG